AUAAAAGAUGUAUGCUUUGGAGCCCAGAGCGGCUCUUCUAAUGAGGGUUGCGACGUCUCCCUCCCCACACCCAUAAACCAGCCGGGUUGGACGUCACCGUUAAUUCGUUUCAGCGAUGAUAGGAUAAAGGAGGGACAUUAAGAAAUAAAUUCCCCCUCACGACCCUCGCUGAGCUCACGGCUCAGUCCCUACAUAUUUAUGCCGCGUUUCCAGCCUCUGGGCGAGCAGCUACUUAGCGCCGCGGCUCCUCCGAGGGGCGCCGGGCGGCCGAGCGCACGGGCUCAGGAAGCCCCAGAUCUGAUCUGCAUCUAACAGGCUAGCGAUCAAGAUGCCCAGAGAAUAGUUCACAUCCGUCAUGCGUCACCUCUAGACACAUCCACCAGACGCUUCUCCUCCCCGCUCUGCCUGACCUGUUGCUUAGGGACACGUCCCACCGCUCCUCCUGACGUCUGCCUGGUCGACCGUCGCUUCCUUAGAGAACAGGGAGGGAGACAGACGCGCGGAAUCAUGCCACCGACGGCCCAGCGGCAAUGAGUGGGUGACGCUGGGGUGACGUCAAGGACAGGGAAGGCUGAAGCCUCUGCAGCACCCGGCGUAGCCUGCAGCCUGGUUCCCGCGGGUGAAGUCACCCGGGCCUGGUACCAUUCGGACGUCUCCGGCCGGGCCCCUUGGAACCAGACGCCAUGGAGGAUCACGCGCUCGGCGUGCAGCAGAUCCAACCCAAUGUCAUUUCCGUCCGGCUCUUCAAGCGCAAAGUAGGGGGCCUGGGCUUCCUGGUGAAGGAGCGGGUGAGCAAGCCCCCCGUGAUCAUCUCAGACCUGAUUCGAGGGGGCGCCGCGGAGCAGAGCGGCCUCAUCCAAGCCGGGGACAUCAUUCUGGCGGUCAACGGCCGGCCCUUGGUGGACUUGAGCUACGACAGCGCCCUGGAGGUGCUCAGAGGCAUUGCCUCCGAGACCCACGUGGUCCUCAUUCUGAGGGGCCCUGAGGGCUUCACCACGCACCUGGAGACCACCUUCACCGGGGACGGGACCCCGAAGACCAUCCGGGUGACACAGCCCCUGGGUCCUUCCACCAAAGCUGUGGGUCUGUCCCACCAGCCGUCGGCCAGCAAAGAGCAGCCGCUGACAGUAGACGGGACCUUGGGUCCCGGGAACGGACCUCAGCACGCCCCAGACCAUGGGCAGGAGGCCGGCUCUGUGUCCCAUGCCAACGGCCCGGCCCCCCAGCCCCCAAGCCAGGACCCUGCCACGAAAGCAGCCAGGGCCGGCCUCCAAGGCAAAGGGGAGAACAAUGAACUGCUCAGAGAGAUAGAGCCUGUGCUGAAUCUUCUCACCAGUGGGACCAAGGGGGCCAAGGGAGGGGGACCUGCCAAGGCAGAGACCAAGGACAUGGGAGUCCAGGUGGACAGAGAUUUGGACGGCAAGUCACACAAACCUCUGCCCCUGGGCGUGGAGAACGACCGCGUCUUCAAUGACCUGUGGGGGAAGGGCAACGUGCCUGUCGUCCUCAACAACCCGUAUUCAGAGAAAGAGCAGCCCCCCGCCUCGGGCAGACAGUCCCCCACCAAGGAUGGCAGCCCCUCCAAGUGUCCCCGCUUCCUCAAGGUCAAGAACUGGGAGACUGACGUGGUUCUCACUGACACCCUCCACCUUAAGAGCACACUGGAGACGGGGUGCACGGAGCGCAUCUGCAUGGGCUCCAUCAUGCUGCCCUCCCUGCCCACGAGAAGGCCGGAAGAUGUCCGCACAAAAGAACAGCUCUUCCCUCUCGCCAAAGAGUUUAUCGAUCAGUACUAUUCGUCAAUUAAAAGAUUCGGCUCCAAAGCCCACAUGGACAGGCUGGAAGAGGUGAACAAAGAGAUCGAGACCACCAGCACCUACCAGCUCAAGGACACAGAGCUCAUCUACGGGGCCAAGCACGCCUGGCGGAACGCGUCCCGCUGCGUCGGCAGGAUCCAGUGGUCCAAGCUGCAAGUGUUUGAUGCCCGCGACUGCACCACGGCUCACGGGAUGUUCAACUACAUUUGCAACCACAUCAAGUAUGCCACCAACAAAGGGAACCUCAGGUCUGCCAUCACCAUAUUUCCCCAGAGGACAGACGGCAAGCACGACUUCCGAGUCUGGAACUCCCAGCUCAUCCGCUACGCCGGCUACAAACAGCCCGACGGCUCCACCCUGGGGGACCCUGCCAACGUGGAGUUCACAGAGAUUUGCGUGCAGCAGGGCUGGAAGCCCCCAAGAGGCCGCUUCGACGUCCUGCCGCUCCUGCUUCAGGCCAACGGCAACGACCCUGAGCUCUUCCAGAUUCCUCCCGAGCUGGUGUUGGAAGUUCCCAUCAGGCACCCCAAGUUCGAGUGGUUCAAGGACCUGGGGCUGAAGUGGUACGGCCUGCCCGCCGUGUCCAACAUGCUUCUGGAGAUCGGCGGCCUGGAAUUCAGCGCCUGCCCCUUCAGCGGCUGGUACAUGGGCACAGAGAUCGGCGUGCGCGAUUACUGUGACAAUUCCCGCUACAACAUCCUGGAGGAAGUGGCGAAGAAGAUGGAUUUAGACACGGGGAAGACGUCCUCCCUGUGGAAGGACCAGGCGCUGGUGGAGACCAACAUCGCCGUCCUCUACAGCUUCCAGAGCGACAAAGUGACCAUCGUUGACCACCACUCUGCCACCGAGUCCUUCAUCAAGCACAUGGAGAACGAGUACCGCUGCCGGGGGGGCUGCCCGGCCGACUGGGUGUGGAUCGUGCCACCCAUGUCCGGCAGCAUCACCCCCGUGUUCCACCAGGAGAUGCUCAACUACCGGCUCACCCCCUCCUUCGAGUACCAGCCUGAUCCUUGGAACACCCACGUCUGGAAAGGCACCAACGGGACCCCCACAAAGCGGCGAGCCAUCGGCUUCAAGAAGCUGGCGGAAGCCGUCAAGUUCUCAGCCAAGCUGAUGGGGCAGGCUAUGGCCAAGAGGGUCAAAGCCACCAUCCUCUAUGCCACAGAGACAGGCAAGUCGCAAGCCUAUGCCAAGACCUUGUGCGAGAUCUUCAAACACGCCUUUGAUGCCAAGGUGAUGUCCAUGGAAGAAUAUGACAUCGUGCACCUGGAACAUGAGACUCUGGUCCUGGUGGUCACCAGCACCUUUGGCAAUGGAGACCCCCCUGAGAACGGGGAGAAAUUCGGCUGUGCUUUGAUGGAAAUGCGGCAUCCCAACUCCAUACAGGAGGAAAGGAAGAGCUACAAGGUUCGAUUCAAUAGCGUCUCUUCCUACUCUGACUCCCAGAAAUCAUCCGGCGACGGGCCCGACCUCAGAGACAACUUUGAGAGUGCCGGACCCCUGGCCAAUGUGAGGUUCUCCGUGUUCGGCCUCGGCUCACGGGCGUACCCUCACUUCUGUGCCUUCGGACAUGCCGUGGACACCCUCCUGGAGGAGCUGGGAGGAGAGAGGAUCCUGAAGAUGAGGGAAGGGGACGAGCUCUGUGGGCAGGAAGAGGCUUUCAGGACCUGGGCCAAAAAGGUCUUCAAGGCAGCCUGCGAUGUGUUCUGCGUGGGGGAUGACGUCAACAUCGAGAAAGCAAACAACUCCCUCAUCAGCAACGACCGCAGCUGGAAGAGGAACAAGUUCCGCCUCACCUAUGUCGCUGAAGCUCCAGAACUUGCACAAGGUCUGUCCAAUGUCCACAAAAAGCGAGUCUCUGCCGCCCGACUCCUCAGCCGUCAAAACCUGCAGAGCCCUAAAUCCAGCCGCUCGACCAUCUUCGUGCGACUCCACACCAACGGGCACCAGGAGCUGCAGUACCAGCCUGGGGACCACCUGGGCAUCUUCCCCGGCAACCACGAGGACCUCGUGAACGCUCUGAUUGAGCGGCUGGAGGACGCGCCUCCCGUCAACCAGAUGGUGAAGGUGGAGCUGCUGGAGGAGCGGAACACGGCUCUGGGGAUCAUCAGUAACUGGACGGACGAGCACCACCUCCCGCCGUGCACCAUGUUCCAGGCCUUCAAGUACUACCUGGACAUCACCACGCCGCCCACACCCCUGCAGCUGCAGCAGUUUGCCUCCCUGGCCACCAGCGAGAAGGAGAAGCAGCGCCUGCUGGUCCUCAGCAAGGGUUUGCAGGAGUACGAGGAAUGGAAAUGGGGCAAGAACCCCACCAUUGUGGAGGUGCUGGAGGAGUUCCCGUCCAUCCAGAUGCCGGCCACCCUGCUCCUGACGCAGCUGUCCCUGCUGCAGCCUCGAUACUAUUCCAUCAGCUCCUCCCCAGACAUGUACCCGGACGAGGUGCACCUCACUGUGGCCAUCGUCUCCUACCGCACCCGAGAUGGAGAAGGACCAAUUCACCACGGCGUGUGCUCCUCCUGGCUCAACCGGAUACAGGCUGACGAGGUGGUCCCCUGUUUCGUGAGAGGCGCGCCCAGCUUCCACCUGCCCCGAAAUCCCCAAGUCCCCUGCAUCCUGGUUGGCCCAGGCACCGGCAUCGCCCCCUUCCGAAGCUUCUGGCAACAGCGGCAAUUUGACAUUCAGCAUAAAGGAAUGAGUCCCUGCCCCAUGAUCCUGGUCUUCGGGUGCCGGCAGUCCAAGAUCGAUCACAUCUACAGGGAGGAGACCCUGCAGGCCAAGAACAAGGGGGUCUUCAGAGAGCUGUACACAGCCUACUCCCGGGAACCGGACAAACCAAAGAAGUACGUGCAGGACAUCCUACAAGAGCAGCUGGCAGAUGCCGUGUACCGAGCCCUGAAGGAGCAAGGGGGCCACAUUUAUGUCUGCGGGGAUGUCACCAUGGCCGCCGACGUCCUCAAAGCCAUCCAGCGCAUCAUGACCCAGCAGGGGAAACUCUCGGCCGAGGAUGCCGGCGUGUUUAUCAGCAGGCUGAGGGAUGACAACCGGUACCACGAGGAUAUUUUCGGAGUCACGCUGCGAACGUAUGAAGUGACCAACCGCCUUAGAUCUGAGUCUAUUGCCUUCAUUGAAGAGAGCAAAAAAGAUACCGAUGAGGUUUUCAGCUCCUAACUGGACCGUCUCGCCCAGCUGGAUGCA